GAUGAUGUCACAGUGGAGUCCUCAGCUAGUGGAGAUGAUGAUGUCACAGUGGAGUCCUCAGCUAGUGGAGAUGAUGAUGUCACAGUGGAGUCCUCAGCUAGUGGAGAUGAUGAUGUCACAGUGGAGUCCUCAACUAGUGGAGAUGGGUAGGGGGCUAUGGAGUUGCAUUAUCCCCAAGAGGUCACCCACUUGUCUUGUCCCACUAGAGAAUGACUUAUAAGUUGAAACCAUGUCAUGUCUAAUUGAAUUACUUUGAUGAGGUUAGUGAGAACUUUUCAUUCGAUUUUUCUCCAAUGGUGUUUUCUGGAUUAUAUUGUUGCAAUGCAUUCUGGUUUUUUCGCUGUUUACAGUGUGGGGCUACAAAGUAACGUCAUUCUUUCAACUGUUUGCUUGUUACAAUCAGAGAGUCUAUCACUCAGCUAUGAUUCCAAUGUUUCAGGCUUUACUUUAUGAAUCCUUUGGGUUAGGCCACGUGAGUUCUUAUAGAACGCCAGCAAAAAACACCUAUAUUGACAUGUUUCUUAUGAGUGCAUUAUAAUUGGAUUUUAAGGCUCGUAUUAAUAUUCUGCUUGAUAUAAUGUUUGUGUCAUCAUCACAAAUCAACUGCAUUAUACUUUAAAAAAACACUUCAACUUCAACCAGUAAAAUUCCUCUUUUGCUACAGCCUGUCAAUGAGCGUUAGCAUUCUAGUUAACAACUGAUGCAUCCAAAACAAGUUAUUUUGCAAAGAUCACAACCAAAUAUAAUCUUAGCGACUGUUCAAGCAAGAAUCAAACCCCCCAAGAAGUUAUUUUGUUAAGAAGUUAUAACGUAAAUGUAGGCUUUGUUGAACGGGCACAGAUGGCGAUGGCUUACUGACUGCAGCCAAGAGUCGCGCGCAACGGCGAGUGACGUCAUAAUGUCGUAUACUGGAAAGGAGUCUUUCAUUUGAAUGACGUCAGAGCUUUUAUUUAUAGUUAAAAACAUGCAAACGCUUUUUUUGUUGUCGGCUGCCUGCUUAUGUAGCCUAGUGCUUGUCACUGAACAACUGUGUGGCGCAGAGAGAGAGAGAGAGAGAGCGAGAGAGAGGCUAUUCACCUCCAACCGGCACCAGCACAAUGCAUUAUCUGAGCAGGUUGUACGGCGCAUUCUAAACAGAUAGCGGCACAGACUGUUCAGAGUCUACAACCACGGAGAAACAAACAUCACAACAACCGGACCGUCUUGAGUAACGGAAGAGGAAGGUAGCCUUUUAGCAGCCUACCGCUACGCAUGUUGACGCUAUACUCUGUAACAAUCCCCUGUUUUCUCUCGCUCUGUUCGUCUUUAUCAAGGACUGCGAAGGACGAACGGGAAAGUCAAAAAAGUAUUCGUUGAGAUAGUCACAUGACCUACAGAAUUUACAAGCUGUCAGUACCGGCUCACGGAAUGGAAAAGCUGUCCGGUCGGCGUCGGAGCCACUUGAAACGAAUUGGGUAAUAACGGAAGAUCUUCAUACUGGAAAACAAAAACAAAUGGCAGAAUAGAUUAACACGAAUUUACACGAACACGGCUCCAUUCAUGUGUUAACUAUUUUCCCAUUAGGUAAGACAAACCUGCAUAUUUGAACGGACGUGAGUGACCUUGUUUCAAGGGCUAGAGUUACGGCAACAUCCCGUUUCUCUCUACAUUCUCCGGGGGAUUUAUUUGGCACCAAUGGCGACUUUGAUCAAAUUAAACCGGGAGGAGAAUUCUGGACUAAAGACCUUGAAUAAUAAAUAGUGCGCUCAACCGUGUGAAGUUCCUCUCAUAGCCCCGCCUACCCCAGCAUGACCCACCUGACCUAGUUUCAGAGGGAUGACAUUUCGAGUACCGGAACCUGUCUUUUGGCUUUGAAAGACAACACUUGACGUUCAACUCUGUUGAACCUUGAAGGACGUGAAGUGAGACGUAUUUGUUUCUUCUCCCUGUACCUUUCACACAGUUUGCCGAUGAAUAACGGAAACGUUGCGUUAUUAUAAAGGCUGCGUUAAUGUGUAUUAGGCAAUGAUAGCCUAUAUCAAGGUCUUGAUUGCUGGAUGUGUCUAAAUCUUUUGGAUUUACUGGGGGUCAAGAAACAACUGAGAGGAGACAUAAUUAUCACGAGUGUCCCUCUGAAGCACUGGAUUUAAGUUCAUUUCCUGUAUAAGCUACCUCUGUAAUUUCCUGUAUAACACCUGACUUUUUUUUUAACAUUUCACGUGCGAAUAAUAAUUCUACUGACUCAGGGAAUUUCAUGCUCAUGAAAACCAUUUUCAUUAAUGGUGCUAUAAGGAUGACACUUUAUGAAACUUGCAUUUGAUUUUCACACUGUUAUUGAGAUCAAAGGUUUGCAUGAGAAGGGAAUUGACAGGAAAUCAUCGCGGAUUAUGACAUCAGAUGCUGUCUGUCAAUAAUCAAGAGGACCGUGCUGUGAUUGACAGCUAGAUCAAUAAAAACAUAUCAGCCAAGAGGAUCUGAGGGCAUUAUUAUGGCAAUGACGACAAAACAACAAGUGCUUUUAAGGACAGAGCAAGUAGAGCGUGUUCAACCUCUCAACAGAGAUUUAUUGGAGCCAACCAAUCAUCAAACAGUCCGUCCUUCUCCUCGUCCAAUCAUGUUCUUGAAUUGCGGCCAAUUGCUACCACCCCUGCUGCGGCACGCGGAUGUCCCAGCCCGCAUCACUGAGAGCUUCAUCCUGUCCGGUUACCGCUUCCCCAACUACAGCCUCGCCCAAUGCCUGCUCUCGGCCUUUCAGCCCACCAAUGAGACCGGCAACUUCUGGACCCAUUUCCUGCCAGUCUUCAUCUUUGCCUUCUACUUCCUGGAGCCGUUCGGUUUGGAGGGCGCUCCGCCCACCUCCGACCCUUUCUUCUACCCGCUGUGGAACUACUUCAUGGGGGUGUUGUGCCUGCUGAUGGCUAGCAGCAUGGCUCACCUCCUCAACUCCAUGUCUCUGGUCAUAAGGGAGGUGUGCUUUUUUGUGGAUUAUGGAACCAUCAGUGCUUACACCGUCGGGUCUUCGUUGGCCUAUUACUACUAUAUUCACCCCAGAGCGGGGAUCCUGGAAUUGGGGAUUGGGAGACACAACAACACCCACCAGGACCCUUCUUUGUCAUCGUCAUCAUUGUCCUCAGCCAUGCCAGAGUUCAGCGUGUUUUUCGAGACCUUGUACAUCCCCAGCUCCUGCCUGGUGGCCAUCAUCUGUGUCUUGGCCUGCUGCAACACCCGCCAGCGCUGGAGGACCUACCGCUACAUCAUACGUACCCUGGUAUUCCUUCUGCCCUUCCUCGUGGCCUCCACGCCCAUCUUCUACCGCCUCCUCCACUCCUCCCCCUACCUGCCGACCUCCUCCUCCUUCUCCUCCUCCGCCUCCAUGGCCCAGUUCUUCUGCCGACACUGCUUCUGGCUGGUGGUGUCAGCCCUGUUCAACAUUAGCAAGAUCCCUGAGCGACUGUCACCGGGUAGGUUUGAUAUCUGGGGGCAUAGUCACCAGUGGUUCCACGUCUGCACCUUCCUGUCCAUUCUCGAUGAACUUCAUAUGAUCAACGGGGAGGUGAGGGCUAUACUCCUCCACCCAGUCCUGGUGGUGCCCCCAGCCACCCCUCCACACCUCCCCGGCCCCACCUUAUCCUCCACCUACGGGGUGAUGCUGGUCCUCCAGGCCUCCAUCGCCUCCAUCAUCGCCUGGUUCUCCUGGUGCGCCAACAGCAUCUACAAACCCCAGGGAGACCAGUUGGAGAAAGAGUUCCUCUCUAAAAGACAUCUAAAGUGUCACUGAUGUGGGAUCUGAUUUUGUUAAAGAGCUCUGAUUUUAUUUCUAGACGUAGGCCAGUCAGCUCGUAGAUUAAUUGACUUAAUUUAUUUCAUCACUUGAAGAAUGCAGCGCAUAUCGUUUCUGGAGGUUAGAGAGGAUACCACUCACGUAAUAUAAAAAAGUUUUCAUGUAUUGUUUUAAUGUGUAGUCACUCUGUAACAUUCACUAGUUCUGUAUCCUACUUUGUUUUCACCUUCACCCAGUGGUUUCCCCCUUUCCAUUCUCCCUGGACUGUGUGGGUAACUUUAGCUUUACAAAGGGUAAGUGGCGGUCAACUAAUAUUCAAGGGUUUUUGUUUUUCAAGUUCACCAUGGGGGUCCUAUUUGGUCCACUGGAUUAGGAACAGUGUUUUGUGGGGUUGGAACACCUUGGCGGUUCAGUCAUGUCCCCCGGGGUUCAGUCAUGUCCCCUGGGAUUCAGUCAUGUCCCCCGGGGUUCAGUCAUGUCCCCUGGGAUUCAGUCAUGUCCCCCGGGGUUCAGUCAUGUCGCCCGGGGUUCAGUCAUGUCGCCCGGGGUUCAGUCAAGUCCCCUGGGGUUCAGUCAUGUCGCCCGGGGUUCAGUCAUGUCGCCCGGGGUUCAGUCAUGUCGCCCGGAGUUCAGUCAAGUCCCCUGGGGUUCAGUCAAGUCCCCUGGGGUUCAGUCAAGUCCCCUGGGGUUCAGUCAAGUCCCCUGGGGUUCAGUCAAGUCCCCUGGGGUUCAGUCAAGUCCCCUGGGGUUCAGUCAAGUCCCCUGGGGUUCAGUCAAGUCCCCUGGGGUUUAGUCAAGUCCCCUGGGGUUCCAGGACUCACAUUCUGCUCUAGAACAAGACGAUAAUUCUAUUCCUUAAGGGGGGUUUAAGGUAGAGGGCAUUGGAAAGGUGUUGUUACCCAAUGCCCUUUAAAUGUCACAGUGAGAUUUAAGAAACGUUUGCUGCCAUGCUGUCUUUUAACGCUUCCUUGAUUAAUCUCCUUCAACCUUCCUCCACUUCCCCUACCGUCUCUGAUUAUACCUCUUCAUAUCUCUCUCUCUCUCUCUCUCUCUCUCUCUCUCUGUGUCUCUCUCUCUCUGUGUCUCUCUCU